AUGCAGCCCCAGGUUAAAGUUAAAAAAAAAACAGGGGCAGACGCAACGCCGUUUGAAAAUUCAUCGGACACUAUCACUACAAGGGCAUAUUUUUUCACGUGCUCACGCUCUACUCAUAAGGUUGCCUGCUGGAAUGCACCUAAAGGCUGCAGCUUCAUCGGCACUGCAGCCAGCCUCUUGGACCACUACAAGGAGUGCGGCUUCAGCAUCGUGCCUUGCUGCCUGUGCCGCUCUUUAGUAUUGCAGUGCGACAUUUUGGAGCACUUCAAGAGUGGAUGCAGCAUUCGCGAAGCAAUGUGUGAGCCUCCAGACAAUCUUGCCACAGAAGACCUCAAGGACGUCGGCAGUGCUUGUCUUGAGAUGAAGAGAGCCACGGGAAAGAUAUCCGAGGACCUCAUGUUGCUGCAGACCAGCCUGAACCGGUGCAGCAAUGACGUCAGGGCUGAGGGUGCAAGAUGCAAGGGCCAAUUGGAGGCUGAGGCUCAACAGCUCAACAGCCUUAACGUGGUCUGCACCACCGGUUUUGCCAAAGAACUGCAAGUUCUCCAGCCAGCAAUGACCGACUACAAAUACGAUGUGAGCAAGGAGCUCCGUUUGCUAAGCUGUUGUAAGCCUGUGAGGGUCCACUGGUACAUUGCGGGGUGGGCAGACCUAAAGAAGAAAGCACUUGAGGUGGCGUUGCGGUCGUUAAAUAGUCUCACCACAUGGGCCAUUUACGGUUAUAGUGUCUCCCUAGUUUUUAAACUUUAUAUAAAGGAAAGUAACGGCUGGAUUGUCUGCUUCAUGCGGAUACACCCCGGGGAACAGGACCUGCAGCUGGAAUGGCCCUUUCGCAAGGUUUACAGGGCUGGUGUCAUUCACCCCAAAGACCAAUCAAAUGAGAUUUCACGCAUGGUAAAUCCUGGUAACGGUGAAGAUGAAUGCCAGCAAUGCUUCCUGAGGCCCAAAGAAAAACCAAAUGUUGCAUGUGGAGCAGACCUGGCAACAGCCGAGAAGCUUGAAACGGGUGGGUUUAUACAAAACAAUACACUCCACAUGUUCUUAGAGGUAGAGCCCUAAUCUCUCCAUAUUUGCCAUACCCUAAUUAGGAUUAAGCAGGUACUGAGUAGUGAACAGCCCUUAGGCUUGCUUAAAUCUGUUUGUUUUUUUGUAUUUUAUUUUGGUUUUAGUUUUGAUUGCAGACUAAUCAGCUUUUGGACUUCGUAGCUAAUUUAGAAUGCAAACAGUCAGGAGCGAUAUUUUAGUUAUGCUUGCGUAAAUGUUGUUUCUUUUGAUGGGAACUUAAUUUUUUAUAAAUUCAGCUUUUUCUUUAUGGUGUUGUCAUGCCUAUUUUUUGUUUUCAGACACAUUUUUAUAUGAGGUAGCUAAACCUGUCCACACAACGGCACAGACCUUGCUUUUGCGAGAUAGUUCUUUGUAUUCGUGAGAAAAAUCGCAUUGGAGAGAAGAUAGAAAAAACCAUUGUCCCAACUGCACGACGGCGCAAAUCUGAAGGCUGGAGAAAUAAAGAAUGCAGCUUUCUACACAAUCAAACUUUUUAAGUUUAAU